AUGUGGUCUGUAAAGUGGCGUCUGGUUGUGUUACUGGCUGCGUGCUGGGCGCAAGAGGGCGAGUGGAGCGAGGAUGCCGAAGACUUGGUAUCUACUGUGGACGUGGAUGCUGUGUUGGGCCGCACGGCGUCCUUGCCCUGUGACGUCACGCCGGACACAAACGAAGACCGCGUCUACAUGGUGUUGUGGUUCCGCGCCGGGAAGGCCACCGGAGGGAAGCCUAUAUACAGCUUUGACGUACGUGGACGGUCGUUUAACAAGGCGCUGCAGUGGUCGGAUCCGAACGCGUUCGGGCCUCGCGCGUACUUCGCUACCGUGGCGAGGCCGGCGGCUCUGACGCUCGAUACUGUACAACUGGACGACGAGGGAAUAUAUCGAUGUCGAGUAGAUUUCAAAAACUCACCAACGAGGAAUUUUCAAAUACGAUUAGCUGUUAUAGUGCCACCACAUCAACUGAUCCUGUAUGACAAAUCUGGAAGAGACGUCUCUGGAGUAGUAGGACCGCUCGAGGAGGGAAAUGAACUAGUUCUCGUCUGUGAGGUUAGAGGUGGUCGUCCUGCUCCUACAGUGGUGUGGCUAAUAGAUGGCACUCCAGCUCCGCAGUACAUUGGAGAAAAGACUGACACGCAUGUAGUAGUAAACAAAUUAGAACUACCACAUGUGAGACGGAACCAUUUGAAUACAACAUUCAAAUGUAGAGCAUCGAACACUAACCUUGUUAGUCCACAGGAGAAGACUGUAAGACUUGAGAUGAAUCUGCGGCCGACUCUCGUGGAGAUUCUAAAUAAACCCACGACGCUGUCCUCGGAGAGGUACGUCAGCUUGACGUGCGUAUCCGAGGGAAGUAGACCGCCAGCUCAACUAACCUGGUAUAAAGACAAUAGAAAAUUCAAAAGAGGAAAGAUAUCAGAGAGCAUGAACGAAACGUGGGUGAGCAGUAACGUGCAGUUCAUGCCAUUACCAGAGGAUGACGGCGUACUAUUAAAAUGCCAAGCAGACAACAGUGCGCUGCCGGGACAAAGUAUAGAAGACUCUUUUAAACUAGACGUUGUCUAUCCCCCAGUCGUGUCACUUUCUUUAGGUAGUACGCUUAAUCCUCACGAUAUCAAGGAAGGCGAUGACGUAUACUUCGAGUGUUCAGUGCGCGCUAACCCUAGGGAGCAUCGCAUUUCCUGGUACCAUAACGAAAAGCAAGUCGUCCACAACGUGGUAUCAGGCGUUAUUGUAAGUACCAAAUCACUGGUGCUCCAAAGAGUGACAAGAGACCAUGGAGGUGAAUACUCGUGUCGAGCAACCAACGCAUUGGGUGAAACAGCAAGCGAAACGACACAUCUCAGUAUACAAUAUGCGCCAGUUUGUACUCACUCCUCGACACAAGUGCUUGGCGCGCAGAUCGAAGAGGCAUUACGUGUGAGAUGCUCUGUGACUGCGAAUCCACCUGAUGUCACAUUCUUCUGGCAAUUCAACAAUAGUGGAGAAAGCCUUGACGUUUCUCCGGCAAAAUUUGGUACUGCGAAUGGCAGCACAAGUGAAUUGAGCUACAAACCACAGAGUGAACGCGACUAUGGAACGUUAAGCUGCCGCGGCACCAAUUCGGUGGGCAGGCAGCUAGAACCAUGCGUGUUCCAAAUUGUACCGGCGGCACGACCCACGGCUCCACGCAACUGCUCAUUGCACACUGGAAACAAUAGCACGGAAAUCACGAACUGGCUAUUAGUUCGUUGCGUGGCGGGCUAUGACGGCGGACUACCCCAAUCCUUUGUGCUAGAAGCGCUGGAUCCUAUAACGGGAAAGACCCGUUUCACUAGCAACGCAAACGAUACAGAUGGGGUAGUAACCUUCAAGUUGGACCUCGUGCAGAUGACAUCAGUGAAUGAUGGAGAGUCCGGUACAUUCAACUUGCUUAUCUACGCUAAAAAUUUAAAAGGAGAAUCAGAAAAAACUUUACUAGAAAAUAUUGCCUUCAAUGACGCCGCUAGAAGAACUGAUAAAAGCGCAAUAGGGGGCAUGACUCUAGGAGUAGUAGUCGCAGCUGUAUUGGGUUUACUGCUAGCUGCAGGUGGUAUAGUGUUUGUAGCACUGUGCGCACGCAAACGUCGAGCACAGCCGCCUCACAAGCAUCCCCCAGGUGAUAUGUUGGAACUCAGCGACGGUGGCCGCCGAUACGUCGUUGCAUACACCAUUAAGCCUUCGCCAGAUCUGAAGACUCCUGAUCCUCAGCCUGACAUUUUGAAUGCACCAGAUGGUGAAAUUCAACCUUCACAACCUCCGAUUGAAGAAGCAGAUGAGUGGCCUAGCAUAAAAGAUGUUAAAGGUGACUGGGGUAAAACUGGGGCUGUAUUUUCAGCGGAAGAUUUAGCUUUGUUGGACUCGACUGGGCGACCACAGCAACAACUCACUCCAGGCAGUGAUAUGGCGCCAAGCAAUAGACAAGAGGAUGUCCUUAAUCAGAAUCUACCAUUAGGGAAUAAUUUUAGGCCUAACUUCGUAGUUACUAAUAGCCCAACACUGGGGAGUCCAAAUUUCGUCUGUCCAAACGGCAAUAUAGGAUCUCCUUUUGGUAGUCAAACGUUAACUAUGAGCGGACCUACUUUAAGUUCUGGAAGUAUUGCAACUUCUACAUUACAUAGAGCCAAAGGUAAAGGUACAAGAAGAAGAGAGCACGUCUUAGCAGAGAAUCUUCCGGGCCCAGAGAGCUGCGUCUGAAAAAUAUAUAAUAUUUUUUUAGCUAACUGCUACCGCAUAAGACUAAACUACCUUUGGCUACGUUUUUCUAACUUCAAUUUUCACAAAGUUCCUUUAAUUCAAUUAUGUCUGUUCUAAACGAAAUAUUGGAAGAACGAAAAUUAUAUAUAAAUUUAUUUCAUAUAUUUGUUAGAAACAAGUCCUUUUCAUGAAAUCUUUAAACAAAAUUUAAUAAGUCUCAUUUUUGCUCAAAAGACUGUUUACACUUAUAUUGAUAAAAUUUAAAAAUUAAUUGUCGAGGUUUUGUAUUAGGGUUGUAAGUUAUUGUUUACAAUAAAAGGCUCAGAAAUUUAUUCCAUAACUUCUCGGGUAUUUAGUUUAUAGAAAUGUGAAUUUGUGUUACUAAUUCGGUUGUGUGAAUGU